AUGUUGAAACGACUUCGUAAUAUUUUUGGUUCGACACCCAACGAUGAUAAAUUUAAGAAGAAAAAGUAUACAUCACUAUUAAAUGAACGUUCACCAUUACAAGAAUGGAAAUUAGUGAAAGAAUUAGGCGAUGGUGCAUUUGGAAAAGUUUAUCAAGCUUAUAGUGAACAAUUGAAACAGUAUGCGGCUGCUAAGGUCAUCGAUGAAUGCCCAGAAGAUGAAUUAGCCGAACAUACAGUUGAAAUUGAUAUACUACAUGAGUGUCAACAUGAAAAUAUCAUUAAAUUUUAUGAUGCUUAUUAUCAUGAUCAAAAAUUAUACAUAUUUUUGGAAUAUUGUUAUUUUGGAGCAGUUGAUAAUAUUAUGACUACGCUAGAUCAUGCUUUGAAUGAACAACAAAUUCGAUUUAUUGCACACGAGUUGUUAGAAGCCUUACAUUAUUUACAUAAUGUUAAAUUUGUUAUUCAUCGUGAUAUAAAAGCUUCAAAUGUUCUACUAACAGAAGAUGGACGUGUGAAAUUAGCUGAUUUUGGAGUAUCAGUUAAAAAUUCGAGUUUAAACGAAACAAGAAAUGAAUAUAUAGGAACAGUUUACUGGAUGAGUCCGGAAGUAUUUUUCUGUGAAGCGAAUACGAGUAAUACGUAUGAUUAUCGUGUUGACAUUUGGUCAUUUGCUAUUACACUCAUCGAAAUGGCUGAAAUGGAUCCACCACAUCAUGAAAUGAAAGCUGAACGUGUGGGAGCUAAAAUUCGUCAGGGUGAACCGCCAACAUUGAGUGAAAUAAAAAAAUGGAGUGCUGAAUUUUCAAAUAUAUUAUCAUGUUGUUUAAAACGUGAUCCAAAUCAACGGUUAACAACAACAGAAUUAAAACAGCAUCCAUUUGUUAUUAAUUCAAAAACAAAUCAGCCAGUUUUAUAUUUAUUAGAAGAAUAUAAAGCUGUACCAAUCGUUGAUGUUGUUGAGGAGGAUGUUAUUGACACCAAAACAAAUCAACAACCAACAUCGUCAAAACUGCCGUUAAAUGAAACGACCAAUCAUCAUCGUUCAUCGACCACAUCAAUCGAUGACAGUUUAAAACAAUUUACAGGUCCAAAUGAUGAACUGAUGGACGGUGAGGAUGACGAAGAUGAUUUGGAUGAUGAUGAAGAAAUGGGUGCCAAUUUGGCUAUUGCUAUCGAUGGUAAUGAAAAUACAAAUGGUGACGCAAAUGAAAAUGGCGAUGGAAUUGUGCUGACAAAAAUACGAAGAUUGUCAAGUACCGAACCAAUUCCAGAUGAAGUCACAAAAGGAAAAGAGAACGAAAAGAAACCACCGAAAGUAGCAGUACAAUCCACCACAUCUAACUUAUCUACGAAACCUCCACCAGUGCCCACAUCCAUUUCUUCGAUGAAGUCUAAUAAUAAUAAUUCAUUUAUUCCUGUUGCACCUCCGUUACCUGCACACCUUCAGUCUCCACCGACUAAGUUAAAUUCAUCAUUUACACCGAGCAAUGGCGAUCAGCAGCAGCAAAAGCCUAAUUUAAAACGAGAAUCUAUGAUUAUUACUACGCAAUUUCCAACCAAGCAACGGUCACCAUCUGAAACUAAACCCAGUAUUCCAAAAUCUUCUCUGCCACCAGCCACCAACAAGUUGCCAGCACCAACUAUACAACAGACAAAAAUACCAGCAAAAAUCGUUACGCCUCCAUCACCGAUCCAAGUUAAACUACCAACUCCCCCGCCCUUAUUAUCAUCUAUGGACAAAAACCCAUCAGUUGGUGUCACAACGGUACGCAUAAAUGGUAAUGAACGUCAGCCAUCGCCACGAAUCGAAGUUGGACGGCUAAAUAUGGAGGAUGUCAAGCCAACGGAUCGAGAAUUAGAUGAUAUUUGUCAAGUAUACGUUAACAGUCUAAUUGAAGAAGUAAUACAAUCUGAUUUUGAAAAGCCUUCAAUACCAGAGGUUAUCCUUGCCGUAAUUACUGAUCUAACAAACGACGAAACAGAUGUUGAUGUUGAUUAUCCUGACUAUCUUUCUCACCAACCAGCAACUUCAUCACUUGCAGUUUCUAGUUAUCCAACACCGCCAUCUUCCUCAUCAACAAUGUUAUACGAUCAGCGACGUAGUCGGUCUAUUGAUAUUCAACAUCAUUUACAGAUACAACCCCAAGCACAACUGCCGCAUUUCGAAAACAAUGUUAAUAGCAACAGUCAUAAUUCUGUUUAUAAUUUUAGUACAAUAGCAGCAAAAGCACGAAGUGUAUCACCAUCAACAUCACGUCAACUAGUUUUAAAUUAUCAGCAAAAUGGAGGUACAAAUGGAAACCCUGAUUAUUAUAAUAAAGUGCAUCGUUCGACAAAUAAUAACGGAGCUGGUGGACAUGAUUCAUUGAGAAGCACAAGCUCGAAUCAAAGCCAAGAUUCGUCGGAUACAGCAUCUUACCGUCAGACAAGAGCGACUCGUCGACGAACAAUUCGGACAACUCGACGAUUUGUUGUUGAUGGAAAAGAAGAAGAAAUUGUCACAACAAAAAUAGUUGAACCACACAAUGAUUAUGCAAGACGAUUGACAGAAAGAAAAGAGGCAAAUCGUGAAUUUCGUCGUCUAUAUCAUUUGGAAGAAAAACGUCGACAACAACUACUUACACGUCAUGAAUAUGAAAUUGAAGAACAAAAACAAGAAUUUCGACGUAAACGUGAGGAUUUAUGUAAAAAAUACGAUUUUGAAUUACAAACAAUGGAACAAAAACAAAAGGCGGAAAUUGAACGAGAAAUGUUACUUUUGACAAAUGAAUAUAAUAAAAAAAUGAAAACAAUUAAAUUAGAUAAUGACAAAGAGUUAAAACAAUUUCGUGAACAACUAAGAGAACAACUAAAACAAAUCAGACGUGAUUAUGAAACAGCAUCACAACAACAACAACCCUCAUAUCAUCAUCAAACAUAUAACGGAGCAAUGAGUGUAAAUAUGAUUGGACAUACCAAUGGUAAUCAAUCGUUAACAAUGAAAGAUCGUAAAGACCAAAUCAAACGUUAUUUGACCGAAAAAGAAGAUGAAUUUUAUAUGAAAGAAAAACAAUAUCAAGAUAAUCAACAAACACAACUUGAACAACAACUAAAAACAAUUGAAAAUUAUCAUAAACAACGUAUUCAAGCAUUAGAACGUCAAUUUCUAACUGAAAGACAAAAUUUAUUAAAAACAAAAGAGCAAGCAUUAUGGGAAGUAGAUGAAGUCGAAUUACGUUCCAGAUAUGAUUUAUUAAGAAAACAAACAAAAGCAUUUUAUUCAUUAUUUCGUACAAUGUUAAAUCAACAAGCUGAAAAAGAAUUACAACAAUUAGAUGAACAAGGUCGAUUUGAUCGUGAUAAUUUAGAACAAAAAUUACAAGAAGAUAAAAGACAAUGGCCAAGAAUAUGGAAAAAAAUGCAAAAAACAAGAAUGAAACAAUUUAAACAACAAUUAUUAAUUAAUAAAACAUCAUUUGAAGAUGAAAAAAUUUUAUUAAAAAAAUUUGAAAAUGAUGAAAAUGAAAAACGACGUGUACAUGAAGAACGUUUAAAAGGCAAACAUCGACAUUCAGUACAAAAUUUAAUUGCCAAACAUCAAAUAACUCGAAAUGAACUUCUUACUGUACAGAGACAAAAACUUGAACAAUGUGUUGAUUUUGAAACGAGAAAAUUACAAGAAUUACAAUCAACAUUUGAAUGCGAUUGGGUUGAAUUUCGUAAUACACAGAAAUCACGAAAAUUGAUUGAUCAGUUUAAUAAAAAUCUUCAGAAUGUUGAAAAUGCGUUGCAUGCAUUUUGGUUAAGUCCAAGUAGUAGAGGUAACCAUCGAUCAUCAUCACCAUCUGAUUCAAUAUACGACUAUUUUUCCGAUAUGAAUACAAAUAAAACUUCUGUUCAUCAACAAAUAAAUCGUCCUUCGCAUUCACCAUUACCAUCAUCAUAUUUCGAUCAAGAUAAUUAUUUUCGAGAUUAUAUUAAAAAACUUGAACAUGAACAACAAGAGAGUAAACAUCAAACAUUUGUUUAUAAUGCUGAUGAAACAUCAUUGAAUGUUUUAUUGGAUCCAAAUUUUCGACCAUUAACUACCAAUGAACAAAAACAAGUUCAACAAACUUCAAAUGUUUAUCAAAAUUAUCCUCAAUCAUUUCCUCAAAGAUCUUUAUCCUAUCAAAAUUUAUACUGUCAAUUUCCUGAUCAAAAACGAACAUCUCCAUUUACAGUUGAUAAUCACACACGAGCAUAUUCUUUGUCAGGACAAAAUCGUGCAUCGUUUGAUCCAUCUACUGAUCUACCUCAAAUAUCAAGUUAUAGUUAUUAUGCAACAUUGCCUCGAGGAGAUCCAUCUUCAUCUCGACACAAAUCAACAUUGUUUUCUUCUUCAAUGGGCGGUCGUAAUGCAGUUCAAAACGGUUUAAAUACAAUAUCUGUAUUUGAUUUUCGUUUAAACAAAUUAAAUAAUAUUCAACCAGGUCAAUAUCGUUAUUCAUCUUCAUCUAUCCUUUCGAAUAACGAUAUUUCUAAGACAACUUACUAUCGAAAAAUUUCCCCAUUGACAGUACCUAUUAAUAAAUCAUUCGUUGAAUUACACUAUCAACAACAAAAACAGUCUCCAGCACCUGUUAUAUUGCGUUCAACACCGGGCCUCUUGCAAUCAUGGCAUUCAUGGCCUGGCGUUGAUCUAGUAGAUGAUAUACAAUUUCAUGAUAUAAGUGAUAAAAGUGAAAGUAUACUAUUUUGA